AUGACCGUCCCACCCCCUGCCCCUGCCUUUUGCACAGAAGUCAGCCCCGCCUGUCCAGUCGAGGGCACGAUAUUAGGAUACUACCCCAACCUCUCCGUCAACAUUUUCUUCGCGGCUUUCUUCGGCGUCUUCGGUAUCGCCCAACUAGCCUUGUGUCUUCGAUACAAGACAUGGAUGUACUCUAUGGCUAUAAGUCUCGGUUGCUUGUGCGAGGUACUGGGCUACAUCGGUCGCAUCAUGAUGAACGACAAUCCCUUCACAGAAGCCGGUUUCCAAAUGCAGAUAUGCUGUCUGAUCAUCGCUCCCGCUUUUGUCUCGGCUGGCAUCUACGUCACGCUGAAGCAUCUUGUGCUCAACUUUGGAGAGUCGUGGUCGCGUCUGCGGCCGGGGAUGUAUACGUAUGUCUUCAUCGUUGGUGAUGUCACGUCGCUUAUUCUGCAGGGCGCUGGGGGUGGCAUCGCUGCAUCUUCGGACUUUGGGAGUGAACUGCAGGACCAGGGCACGGACGUUAUGAUUGCUGGUGUCGUUUUUCAGGUCUUUACACUGGCUGUCUUUGGGCUACUUCUUGCUGAAUACGCGGUUCGCACUUGCCGCCAUCGUGACGAGGUUUCUCCAGAGGCCAUGUCGCUUCUGCGGUCUAAGAAGUUCAGAGGGUUCGUCUUCGCUGUUCUAAUCGCUUUCUCCACCAUUUUUUCUCGAUGCAUAUAUCGUAUUCCUGAACUUACCGGCGGUUGGAGAAGCGAGUUGAUGCGCGAGGAGUUUGACUUUAUCAUCCUGGAAGGUGUCAUGAUUGCUAUCGCUGUCGCAGCUCUGACGAUCUUCCACCCCGGAUACUGCUUCCCAGCACUUGCCAACGCCAGCUCCUCGGAUAGCACCACGCGCGGCAAAGUUUGA